CUCAUCUCCCUACGUAGUCCGAACCAAACUCAACGACGUGGCUUGCUUUCAAUAUAGGAUCUGAGACACUUGAAGUUUCUGUGCAUGGAUUUGCUAACUGAUAUUGAGAGAUUCACUGAAUCAGUUACGCAAGUUUCUGUUUAUUUGAUCAUUGUACGAUUCAAAUUUGAGACAUUUUCGAGUUGUUGUUUCGUUUUUUUUUUUUACGUAAUAAAAAUUUCUUUGUUUUUUUUUGUUAGUUAAAAGGUUUUGGGACUUGGGUUAAAUUGCUUAGUUCAUUCUCAGCUUCUUACUACUUGCAAGUAUCCGAGCAAUGGCAACAGUGAUAGCCUCACACUUUGUUUCAAAAAGUUCAAAUGUGAACGGCCGUGGAGCAGAAACUAAAGUCAAUUUUACACAGAUUGGCAUGAGGAAUCAAGCCAUGACUCACAACGGUUUGAGGUCUUUGAACAAGGUAGAUAGGUUGCAGAUGAGAACCAACGCAAAGGCUGGGGCCAGGAAAGCUGUGAAAGAGGGACACCCCACUGCAAAUCACAAGCCUUCCUGGAAAAUUAUUUGCGGAACUGGGAUGAACCUAGUUUUUGUGGGAGCUGAGGUUGGUCCAUGGAGCAAAACUGGUGGACUUGGUGAUGUCCUUGGUGGACUUCCUCCCGCAAUGGCUGCCAACGGACACCGUGUUAUGACUGUGACUCCUCGCUAUGAUCAGUACAAGGAUGCAUGGGACACCAAUGUAGUAGUUAAGAUAAAAGUCGGUGACAAAUUUGAGACCGUUCGGUUCUUCCACUGCUACAAACGUGCUGUUGAUCGUGUUUUUGUUGAUCACCCCAUAUUCCUUGAGAAGGUAUGGGGCAAAACGGGAUCAAAAAUCUAUGGUCCCACGACUGGUGUGGACUACAAAGACAAUCAAUUGCGGUUCAGCUUAUUUUGCCAGGCUGCCCUGGAGGCACCUAGGGUUCUGAAUUUAAAUAGCAGCAAAUCUUUCUCAGGACCAUAUGAGGAGGAUGUUGUCUUUAUUGCCAAUGAUUGGCACACUGCUCUUCUCCCAUGCUAUUUGAAAAGCAUGUACCAGUCAAGGGGCAUCUACAUGAAUGCCAAGGUUGCAUUUUGCAUCCACAACAUAGCCUAUCAGGGAAGAUUUGCCUUUUCAGAUUUCUCACUUCUCAAUUUGCCUGAUCGUUUCAAGAGUUCAUUUGACUUCUUUGAUGGGUGUGAAAAGCCUGUCAAGGGAAGGAAAAUUAAUUGGAUGAAGGCUGGAAUUUUGGAAUCAGAUAGAGUCUUGACUGUAAGCCCAUACUAUGCGCAGGAGCUUGUAUCUGGCAAUGACAAAGGUGUUGAACUUGAUAAUGUCAUUUGUAAAACUGGCAUCACAGGCAUUGUGAAUGGCAUGGAUGUUCAAGAAUGGAAUCCUGCCACUGACAAAUACAUCAGUGUCAAUUAUGAUGCAACGACUGUAAUGGAUGCAAAGCCAUUAUUAAAGGAAGCUCUUCAAGCAGAAGUUGGGUUGCCUUGUGACAGGGAUGUUCCAGUGAUUGGCUUCAUUGGUAGGCUAGAAGAGCAGAAAGGUUCAGAUAUUUUGGCGGCAGCUAUUCCAAAAUUCAUUGGAGAAAAUUGUCAGAUUGUAGUCCUUGGAACUGGCAAAAAGGCCAUGGAGAAGCAGAUUCAGGAGCUAGAGACCCAACAUCCUGACAAGGCCAGAGGAGUAGCCAAAUUCAAUGCCCCAUUGGCUCAUAUGAUUAUUGCUGGUGCUGAUUACAUUUUGGUCCCUAGUAGAUUUGAACCAUGUGGUCUCAUUCAGCUGCAUGCUAUGCGAUAUGGAACAGUGCCAAUAGUUGCCUCUACUGGUGGACUCGUUGACACUGUCAAAGAAGGAUUCACAGGGUUCCAAAUGGGAGCCUUUAGUGUUGAAUGUGAUGUAGUGGAUAAAAGUGAUGUAGAUAAGGUGGCAACAACUGUCAAGAGAGCUCUUGCAACAUAUGGCAAUGAAGCCCUGAAAGAAAUGAUCCAGAUUUGUAUGGCACAAGAUCUUUCAUGGAAGGGACCAUCAAUGUUGUGGGAGAAGUUGUUGUUGAGCCUAGGAGUCGCUGGCAGUGAACCUGGUACUGAAGGAGAGGAGAUUGCUCCUCUUGCCAUGGAAAAUAUUGCCACUCCCUGA